AAACUUUCGUCAAAACGCCGUUGGGUCCUUGAACGCAGCACGGUGGCUUGUUCAUCAGUUUCGCUUCUUUUCUGCUGAAUACGAAUAAACAUUCACCGCAGUGGAAUUCUUGAGAUAUUUUUCAAUGGCAUCGUCCAAAUAUAAGGAUUUAGUCUGGAAAAGGAAGAGGCUAGAUAUGGUCAUUAGCUGCCUGAGGAAGGAGAAUGCCUGCCUGAAAAAGGCCCUGGUCGAGUUAUCUCGUCAACAUUCGAAGCAUCUCAAGCUAGUGCAGAGAUUCAUCUCUCUUCAAACUGUAAGGAUGGAGAACUCUCAGCAGCUGAUGGAUGAACAUAAUAAGACCGCUUCACCACCAGUGCUGAGUAAGAAAGGGUCAAACCUGAUGGAGGGAGUGAAUAAAGACAGGGUAUCUGCUUACGCCAGAGAGACGGAAGAAAUCAAGAACAAGCUUGUGAGCCUCUCAGCUCGGUGUCAAUAUCUUGAGAACAAAGUUAAAGGAAAGAAGGAGUCGGAUGAACAAGGCUCAAACUACACACAAACAGAGCUUGAAAAUCACCUCAGAGAUGUAAGAGUUUUGUUGAUGACGGUCAACAAACUUCUGUUUCUGCCUUCAUGUGAACCCGAAUCCACCUAUAUUCUGUUACUGUUUAGUCACUACUGUUUAUGUGCACAUUUGUCUGUCAGUAAGACCAUGCGUCUAUGUACUGUGUACUUGUCUUGUGGAGUGUUUGUGCAUUCGACCCACCCUCUGGCACAAGUCUUGUUUCCCUCUGUCUCUGUUAUGUGCUUCUCAUUCUUCUUUUUUUUCACUCUCCCUGAGGCCUUGGAGAAGAACAAGCACUUGCUGGAAUACGACCAGCAGAGAGAGGCCUGUGUGAGGGCAGUCAUGGCCAGAAUGUUAUGGCUGGAGAGGCAGCUGAAUGAAGCCAAUCAGGCCCGCUCAAAUCAGGACAAUGAAGACCAUUCAGAUGAGAAAAAGAAAAUGUGCCAGAUGCAGGAGUUUUAUGAAAGACUUCUACAGAAAGCCAAAGAAGAGCUGGACGUGCUCAGGGAGCAGCUCAACCUCUCCAAACAGAAACUGACAACAGCUCAAAAGUGGUGCAAAGAAAGGGAGAUGGAGGUGGAAGAGCUCAAGCAGCAGCUGCAUGGUCAUUGCUCCGAGUAUGAAGUCAAACAUCUGACAGAAAAGACCGAAGACCUUGAGUACAGACUGCAUAAAGAGAAGCGUAGGACAGCGACCUUUGAGCUGCAGAUUAAACUCCUUCAGAAGUAUCUGCUUAACUCUCACCGUGGAGACCAGGAAAGGAUUGCAGACCUGGAGGCAAAGCUCUCCAGUCUGAAACCCACCUCCACCAGCAGAAGUGUACUCAAUGAAAGCUUCCUGAAUUGUCCUGGCUGCCUGGCCCAGUAUCCUGCCAGUCACUACCAAGACCUGAUUAAACACAUGGAAUUCUGUCUUGAUUGAGCCGAGCCUUAACCAUCUGUAUCUGUAUGACUGACUGAGAAAAAUGCCGUUUAUCUAAUCUAAUAAUA